AUGCCGCCAGAAGAAUGGGAGGAUAGGAUCGGGAGAAAGAAAAGCGGCGGUGGACAAGGGAAUUGCCUAACGGUACGACACAUGCGGAGAUCGACUACAUCACCAACGGAAGGUGGUGCUGGUGGUCGUCCAGUGGUACCAACCUUCAGCAGUGAUUCAGAUCACCGUCUGCUUCGAGCUAAAGUGCAACCAAUGGCAAAGAAGAUCUGUCGCCAUGUCGGAGAAAGAAAAGAACGUAUAUGA